UUUUGACUAAUUGUCAAAUAUGUAAACAACCAAUAUGGCGUCCACCAGAGGAUCCACGAAGAAAAGUGCCGAUAAAACACAAGAAAAGAAGCCUGUCCCACCUCCUACGCACAUAGGAGAUUUUAUAGUAGUAUUUGUGAUGACAGUAUGCAAAAAAAUACUACUUGUAGACACAUCAGUAAAAAUAGGACUGUAUUUUGCCGGUGUCGUUAUUGGUUCAGUUUUGGCUGAUAUGAUUCAGCUUCCGAGAACUUACUUAUCCAACAAAGAUAAUGUAUUUAAUCAAUAUUUCGUCAAACUUGGCUGGGGAUGGACACUUUUGGUCUUAACAGCAUUUAUCACGCAGACAAGCUAUGUUUACUGCUUGGGGAAGACGAGUUCUGUAAAAAUUCACUUAUUGAGACUGUGCAUGGGAACAUUUUGGUGGUACACAAUGGUCUCUAUCAUAAAUUACAUUGAAAAUGUAGUUGGAGUUUGUUCUGGGAAAGGAAUUAUUGGGAAAGAUGCGUGCAUUAAAAAUGGAAAAUCAUGGUUAGGAUUUGAAAUCUCUGGACAUGUCUUCUUGCUAAUACACAACUUACUUUCCAUUUCUGAAGAGGUAAAAAUAUUUAAGGACUGGAAAAGACUUGGCGAAAUGUUUGAGGAUCCUGAUUUGCCAAAGAAUAAGGACAUAAAAAUGAGUGACUUUCUUCAGGGAAGGAAGAACUAUCGAGUUCUUACGCCAUAUAUUAACAUUACAGUUGUAGUUGCUGCUGUUUUUAUGGUGCUGUGGGAAUUCAUGCUGAUUAUUUCGACCAUAUACCGCUUCCACACCACUUCACAGAAAGUCACUGCAGUGUUUAUGGCUGUUGCAUGCUGGUUUGGAAGUUACAGGCUUAUUCUUGGAUAUUCUAAAACAGGAUCAUUGAAACUACUUCAAAAACCUGGAGAAAGUCCAAUGAAAUUCACUAAAGUUGGAUGAUUCAUACCAGUAAAUCCUUUAGUCAGUUGUCUUUUGAAUAUUUCCUAAAAUUCAGAUGGAAAGUUUUGUAUAUUCUUUCACAAUACCAUUGCAUGUACUUUUUAUGUGUGUUGCACCUUUGAUGUGGUUGAGAAGUCAAAGUAAUUUAUUAAGGUUGUAUGUUAAACAAAUGUUACUUACAUGUGCAUGAAUUGAGAGCUCUUGCUUGUUACUGAAGAUGGUAUCAUUUUAUUUUUAUUAUUUAAAGAUUUUUUUAUGGAGUUCAUUUGUAUGAGUUGUUUUAUUUUAAGGUAUAUUUAUAACUCCUGUAAUGACGUAUCAAGAACUUCUUGGUAAGUAUAUCAUUGAAAUCAGUGGUUAAAUAUAUAUCUACUGUACAAUUAAAAUAAAAGUGUUUGAAAUAUAAAGAUUUUUAUAAAUUAAAGAAAAAAUAAAACAGAGGGAUCAGUGAUGACAAUUUUUAGAAAAAGAGCUUAAAAGGAAAAACUUUUCUGUUACUUGAUUUUAGAUGAAGUUUCAUUAUGAAUGUUGUGCAAUAACAGUAUUUCUGUGCUAAUUAAAUCAAUACAAUAUGACAUAAUUUUUAAUGCCCUAUGAACUUAAAACAAUCAGAGUGAGAUACCUUAAUUCUGAUUUUAUUAAAUGUAUACUAAAGCAAUACUCUGUGCAUAUAGGAAUGAAGCAAUCCUGAGUCCCUCAUCUGAUGAUAAAGUUGCAAUAUUUUCGGGUUGUUGAUAUUAUAUUUUUACCUGUACUAAUUAUUUACUGAAUUAUUAUUCAUGUGUGUUUAUUAGUUUUUAUACAAUUGUCUGAAAUAGUUGUAGCUUGUUUAAAAUAACUUGAAUCAAUCUUAUUUAAAACCUGUAGAGGAAAUGGAUAAUUGUUUGACAUUUUGUACAAGUUCAAAUUGUUACCGUAGACGGUAUAUAUCGGUAGAUAAUAAAUUGUGAUUUCAUAAUAUUCUUUGAGCAUUCAACUUUUUAAUAAAAAUUAUUUUAUACGUGUAAUUAUUAAUGAAUAAUUUUAAAAAGAGCUAUCAACAUUAUUUCAACUGCAGUUUCACUCAGAGAAUGUUUUAUAUAUUGAUGUUCAGCAAGUAUAAGUAAUUGAUUACAAUUUAAACACAAAUUCAAACAUUAUGAAAGACCUGUUGAUACCAACAUUUAUUGUCUUAUAUUGUAUUCACAUGCAAGAUGUUGUAUUUCACUUUGAUCUUCAUUUAUUUUGUUUCCUAGUCAAAGAAAAAUCUUUACAAAAACAU